AUGUCAAAGCAUUUUCUCUUGUCUGAACUCAGGCUAAAAAUUGGCUCGCUACACCCACUGGGUGUCAUUCAGUCCGACAUUUCUUCCAUGGACAAACUUACAUCUUGUGAGCUCAAUUGCUUGAUUACCCAAGAAACCCGCCGCGAAGGAGAUGCCAAUGAUAUGGAACAUCUAUUACCCUUGAUCUUCAAUUCAUUCGACCCUACAAACUUGCCUGCUACAGAUACCCUCAAAGAUUCAACCAACAAGCCGCUCUACGACUCUACCACAAAACAAUGGUCCUUAGCGCUUCCCAAGAAGGGGGAGGCAAUUGAGAAAACAUUCCCAUUCUUCCUCAACAACCUCACCAAAGCCCUCCUCCAAUCAUUUCCUUCAUCAGGCACAUUUCCUCCACUUUGGUAUGGCUUGAGCUCUACCGUGCCCGUUGAAAAGCACACAGUGUUACAUUGGAACACUAUACUCAUAGUUGCUGAGCUGACCACGACCUCGUACACCCCUUCAAUACCCACUGGAAAGAUGCAUGACACAAAGGCAUGGCUCGUUUUCCGAGAGCAACCGUGGAGGCAUUUUAUACUAUCUCUUUCCUUCAGCAAUAACUAUCGCAAGCUCCGUGUGCAUGUACAUGACCAUUCGGGCGGCAUCGUGACCCCAGAAAUUGACAUACAUGAGAAUCCUGACACUUUCAAAUACAUCAUGAUGACGAGCUUGUUGUCUGGAGCAUUUUGGGCCCGGAAUAUCAAAGGUCUUCCCAAGCGAAGGAAUCAAGCCGCCCACAAGCCAUGUUCACUAGAUGCACAGAUGGAGCUAACACAAUCUCAUGCACUGGAUGUGCAGACAAGAUUUUACUCACUUCCCGACCAGCUUCCAUCUCCCGCCAAGUUCACAGAUGAACCUGAACCUGAGACAGACUCCGCUCCUCUUAUUGAUUCGCCAGAUCUCAAGAAUACAGAUGCUGAGGUUGACGAUGUGAUAGGAAAGAUCGCCAUCCAUGACAAUGCCGCAGAACCAUCUGCUACCCCGGCUCAGAGAGAUGGCGAAGAGUUUAUCAUUAAGGAUCAUUGGGUGAAGGGCGACGAGACUAUAGUGUUGAAUGAGGUGGAGAUGCUGAAAGCUCUGAAGGAUAUCCCCGGUGUUCCCCAAUACAUUGAACACUGUCUUGUCGAGGUAGAGCCAGGCAAAGUCGACAAUACACAAGUGUAUCGCCAGAAGAUCUAUAGUAGCACCCCAAGAAAAGAGCUUGUCAAAGCAUUACGCGAUAUUGUGCUAAUUCAAAAGCGUGUGGUUGCAGAGCACCAGGUUUUGCACAGGGACUGCAGUCUGAAUAAUUCCAUGAUAGAAGACACUAAGGAUGGCAGUCGAGGGGCGCUUAUAGACUGGGAAUUUGCGGCGCGCAUCACAUCCGACAAUAUGUACUCUGCCGGCGGAACAGGAACCAUACCCUUUAUGUCUGUCAGCGCCCUUAAGGCAGUGGGCAAGCUAAAUUAUCAAUACUCGCAGGGUAUGAAAUCGGUAAAAGAACUUAAGCUAGCCACAGACCAUUUGACUCCCGAGAAGAUGCCCAAAAUCAAGCAUACGUACUACGACAACCUCGAAUUGAUGUUUUACAUCUUCACCUGGAUUUGCAUAAUGUUCAAAGGACCUAGAAGUCACUCAAAAGCCAAAGUGAAGCUCUUUUUCUUCUUGGGAGAGUCGAUGAAAUCGUGCAUUGGAGAACAAUUCGCCCCCUACUUCAAGAAGCUUGUUCCUCUUGCAGAGGAGUGGUAUGACCUCAUGGUUGCGAAGAAGAUGAAGGUCGAGUUCGAGGAAGUGGUCUCAUUGUUCAACAAGCACAUCAACAACCUUCUGUUAUGA